UUGCUUAUUUCAGAUCAAAGAUGGCGGGUGCCUCCGACCCUCUGGAAGAUAUGCUGUUCUCCGAGGUGGACGAGAAAGCAGUUAGCGACCUAGUGGGUUCUUUGGAGUCGCAGCUUGUCGGCCAAAGCAAUCCUGCAGCUCCACAUUCGGAAAACAGAAGUGGUGGGUCAACAACUAAUGCAAAUCACCACUUGGGGAGAACGCUACCUGCCCAAGUGGGCACUCCAUCAGAGCAGCAACAACAACAAGGGCAACAUAAAGCUGAGAUGAAUCCGGAGAACAACUCAAAAGAAAUUAGCUCAGAUAAAACUGUAAUAUCGUCUUCAGUGAGCUCCAUUGCGACCUUCGAGGAACCCUCCACCACUUCAGGGACUGUGGUGAGUGCUAGUACUAGCGGUUUGCAAUCACAUGGAUCAUCUAACAUCACAACACUGUCUGCAUCUGAUGGGGUAACUUUGCCAUCUCCGCUGGUCAGCAUCAACCCUGCUAGCAGAGGUUCGGCUCCGACGCCAAUUGAAGCAUCAGCUGGAACCCCUACACUUAAAACAUACUCUAUGUCAACCCGAAGGACUGCAGCCGCGCAGAGUCUGAACGGCGACGGGGGAGCCGUAACGUCAAUGAAGUCCCCAAAUGCCGCUGCCUCUGGCUCUGUCUCGACGGCAGCUAAUAACACCAUGGCUAGCAAUACAAGUGCCGCGAACAACACGACUUCACCGUUGUCUCCCUCCAAUGUUUCUACAACACAGCCUGCUAUCCCUCUGGAUCGCGGGACUCCAACUAUUGCUCUGCACAGACUUCCGAAUCAUAUAGUCGCCAGCAUCGCGCAAAAUGGAAAUGGCACGACUGUGUCGGCGUUGGUCCAGCAAGGCGCGCGAAUAGGACCGGUCAGUGCUGCAGCAACUCCACAAGUUAACCAUAGCAAAAGCGGUGAUGCUACUUCAGCGAAGACGGAUUUACCCGUACAGGCAAAAAACAUCAUUCAGAGUCAGCCUGGCACUGUAAAUUCUGUGAUAAGUACGGUGCCAUCUCCCUCUGUCAACACGGUGAUCAGCCAGCAGCAGACCACCAACACUGUAACGUUACCUGCAGCUAGCAGUCCCGUUACUCUCACCGCCGUUGCAAAGCCCACUGUCAAUAUAGUUGGGCAACAACCGACAACCACAACUGUUGGAAUGAUACGGCCUGCAGCGGUGUCCUCCGCUCCAGCCGUAGCAACUUCUACUCAGCCACAACUUCGCCCAGGACUCGCUGCGCCUCAGAGAAUCGUGGGACCUCAGCUGAUUGUCAGACCGCCUCAGCAGCAAACUACCAUACAGCUACCACCAGGGUUCACCAUCCCUCAAGGCAUGGUUCUGGUGCGGACGGAGAUGGGCCAGCUGGUGAUGGUGCCUCAGCAGGCUCUGGCGCAGGCCCAGGCCCAGGCCCAGGCCCAGGCCCAGGCUCAGGCUCAGGCCCAGAGUACCAUCUCACCGCGACCUGCUACCCCCACUGCUGGGGCCACCUUCAGAGUCACCACGCCCCAGUCUCCCGUGACCACUCAAGCCAUCCGUCCAGGCCCUGUUGUCCAGACCAAGAAGGCCCCGGCGGUGGUGGCGGUGACUGCUCCAGCUCCGCAGCAGCAGAUACCUCCGGCAGUGCUGUCCCCCCAGCCCGCCCCCCCCAGCACCACUCCGGCCACGGCCACCGCCCCUACGCCUGCCCCCGGAGUCUCCGUCAUCUCGCAGGAGAUGCAGGAGAACGUGAAGAAGUGCAAGAACUUCCUGGCCACGCUCAUCAAACUGGCAUCCCAUAAUUCCCCCUCCCCGGAGACGUCUCGCAACGUGAAGGCACUGGUCCAGGACCUGCUGGAUGCCAAGAUUGAGCCAGAGGAGUUCACCAAUCGAUUGCAGACAGAACUCAAGUCGUCACCUCAGCCCUACCUGGUCCCUUUCCUCAAGAAAAGUCUCCCGGCGCUGCGGCUCUCGUUGCUCAGCAACCAGCAGACUCUGACCCAGCCCCAGGUCAUCGCCAAACCUGGCGCCAUCGCCAGCCCGGUCCCUUGUGCUGGCACUACGAUGCCAGCUGUCCGUGCGCGCCUGCCCAACAGCCCGCUGCCCGCCGGUGCCCACUCAGCUGCGCUGGGUAUCAAGCGUGUGUGUGGUCCUGGGGCCCAGGUGCGAAUGCCCAUGGUGAUCACUCAGGCAGUUCGAGCUCCAGGCGUGGCCGGGAAGGGACCAGUCAGCCAGACGGGGAAAAGUCCCCAGGGCUUCACCGCUCAGCUCCCUGGGAACCAGAAAAACAAGCUCAACGACCCCGGAGGCGGAUCUUUCAGGGAUGAUGACGACAUCAAUGACGUGGCCUCCAUGGCCGGCGUGAACCUGAACGAGGAGAGCGCCCGUAUCCUAGCAACAAACUCGGACCUGGUGGGCACACAUAUCCGCUCGUGUAAGGACGAGGCCUUCCUGCCCACGGGCCUGCUGCACAGACGCAUUUUAGACACGGCGAAGAGGUUUGGGGUGACGGAAGUGCCCCUUGAAGCGGUCAACUUCAUCGCCCACGCAACGCAGUCGCGCCUUCGAACCGUGCUGGAGAAGGUGUCUGCCAUCGCCCAGCACCGCAUGGACACCUGCAAAGACGAGGAGUGGUACGAGCAGUCGACAGACGUGCGGUCGCAGCUGAAGUUCUUUGAGCAGCUGGAGAGGAUGGAGAAGCAGAGGAAGGACGAGCAGGAGAGGGAGAUCCUGCUCAAAGCAGCCAAGAGUCGCUCGAGGCAAGAGGACCCAGAGCAGGCUCGGCUGAAGCAGAAAGCUAAGGAGAUGCAGCAGCAGGAACUUGCUCUGAUCCGGCAGCGUGAGGCCAACCUGACCGCGCUGGCUGCCAUCGGGCCCCGCAAGAAACGCAAGGUGGACUCGCCGGGGGCGUCGUCGUCGUCAGGCACCGAGAGGUCCCCUCUGCCCUGGAUGCCCCUCGCGGCUGGCCCUCUCCAAGCUUCACUGAUCCGUCUGAGCCGAGUGUUCCUGAGAGGGGAGGAAGUCCGUGUGCCGCUGCAGCCGCGGGGGCAGAUCCUCGCGUUCCUUUCCCACCGCUCGCUGCAAAUUCACUCCGAGAGAGAGAGCGAGAGUUUACCGUGUAUGAUUUAUCUAAGAGCAGUCAUCCCAUGGGCGCUUCUUUCAGUGGUUCAUUAAAAUUAGCAUGGGCGCUUGGGUCCUAACGAUAGCAGUACAAUCGUGGACCUUAACACCAGAACAGGAACACAGGAACAUAAGGAACACAAGAGCAGUGUGUUUGGAUGCAGCCAUCUUGAUCAGUGAAUACAGAGCAGGUGGUUGUGGAUAGCGUAGAUGCAGUGUUAAGCCGGCGUGGUUGGUCUUGCUCAGCAAAGAGGCUUGGACUGGGAGACUAUGGAGAGAAUGUCUGUAGCAUUGUUCUCAAGCUCACCCAGCCAGCCCCUUCAGACAAUGAGAAUGAGCUGUUCUGAUAUCUCCUCCAGUUGUGUCAUGAGCCAAUAACUCUCAUACACACACAUUCUCUUUUUUUUUUCUAUCUCUCUUUGUCUUUCCCAUCUCUCUCUCUUUUGCACUGAGGCCAUGUUUGCUGCUAGGCCACUUCUUGCCUCCUCUCUUCUCGUUUAUUUCUCUGUCCUCCGUUUUAAGGGUCGCGCUCGCUCUGCCGAGAGGGUCACUCACAUUUUCAUUUCCUCUUACAUCCAGUUUGGAGUAGAGGGCGGAAAAAAGCAACGGGUUGCCAGAGCCGUGCAAAGAAGUUCCCCCCACCCUUUUCUACUUCCCUCCUCUUUUUAAGUCUUACGUUGAGAUUUGAACGGAUGCCAGGUUGGCCAUUAUUCCUUAAUUGCGACGGCUGCCAAUGUAAGGCUUUUGGGAAUGCCGGAAAACAAACACGCUAGAGGUGUUCCUCUCCGGCUCUGUCCGGCUUGUUGGAAACACAUGAAGUUACACACGUAUUGACAGGGGCCUAAGCAUGUUGGCUCUUUCUCAUGCGCCUGACUAAAUAUGGUCUCAAUUACGACGGCUUAUGGUUUUAGCAAACAUUGUUUCCCAUAGGAAUCAAGUUCAACUGAGGGAAAAAAAAGAAGCUGGCAUCAAAAGAAAAGCAAAUCUUAUGUAUUAAAUAUCGUCGGUCCAACACUACAGUCUGUGUAGUCAGGCGGAAACAGUCAGAACUGGAAUGCUUCUGCACAGAGAAAUUCGGAGACUAUUAAGAUUCAUAAAGAGUGGUCUGAGUAAUCCUGUGAAUAUGAUAAAACUGUUUAAAGAGACCAAAAAAAACCUGAAUUCUGAAUGUAAAUUCGUCAUUUUAAUAACCUGCUUAUUGGGUUGUGUGUUCGCAUCAUGCGCUUAGCUGCAAUCUGUUAGGGGGAAAAAAGCCAGCCGCAUACAAUGUAUCCGUAAACCACGGGAAGCAUAAAUAACAAAAUAAAAGCAUUACUUCUGCUGCUUGAGUGUGGUGCCUUGACCCCCACUCCCCCCUCACACACAUACACACAUGCACACUCACCGCCCCCAUAGUGGCCGUGCCCCCUAUCACUGGACAAGACUCCCCAUGCUCAACGAGGGAGCAAACUCCAAAUAAAUAUAUAAACAGUCACACACCAUAAUUGUGAAUAUGCACUUGAUUUUUUUUCACCCUCCUUUUUUUCCCAACAGCCGUUUUUUUUUCUUCUUCUUCUUCUUCUUCCCUCAUCGUCCCCUCUUUCUUCUCCUCUCCUCUCCUCCCUCCCUCCACCAUAUUCCUGUCCGUGGGUAAUUAGUGAGGAGAACCUAAUGAUGUGUGGUCCCUGUGCCGUACGGCGCGAAUGAGCGAGGGAUCGGGGCGGAGGAGUGGAAUGAGAGAGGUGGGGGUGUGUGUGUGUGUGU